UCACCUGGCCGCCUCCUCCCGGCUCCCGCGAGUGGCGCUGCUCAAAGGGGCGCGCGGAGCUUAGCUGUGCACUGUCCUGCCGUGUGGGCCGCUCACUCUCCAACCAUGGGCUCCCGGAGUGGGCCUCUCGGGUCUUUGCUCCUCUUCCUUCACCAGGCACAGGUCUGCUGGCUGCUGUGCGCAGCCUCUCCGCCUUGCGGGGCGGGCUUCGGGGAGGCUGCAGUGACCUUGGAGGCGGGAGCCCGAGAGAUGCUGCCAAGCCGGGCGAUGGAGAAAGUAGCUCUCACCAGCCGCCCUGGGCAAGAGUUGGCCCCCCUUGGGACUGAUAACGACGGCUUCACUGGAUUGAGCUGGGGAACAGUCCAGGAAAAGGAAGCUUUGAAGACCUCCACACCCAAACAUGUCUUACGAAGACGCAAGAGAGAAUGGGUGGUCCCACCAAUAUCCGUCCCUGAGAAUGGCAAGGGUCCCUUCCCCCAGAGGCUGCAUCAGCUCAAAUCUGAUAAGGACAAGGGCACCAAGAUUUUCUACAGCAUCACAGGGCCUGGGGCAGACCGCCCCCCAGAGGGUGUCUUCGACAUUGACAAGGAGACGGGCUGGCUGCUGCUGAAUAAGCCUUUGGACCGGGAGAAAAUCGCUAAGUAUGAGCUGUUUGGCCAUGCGGUGUCAGAGAACGGCGCCUCCGUGGAGGAACCCAGGAACAUCUCCAUCAUUGUGACGGACCAGAAUGAUCACAGACCCAAGUUCACCCUGGAGGUCUUCCGAGGGGGUGUCGUGGAGGGAGCCCGGCCUGGUACUUCUGUGAUGCAGGUGACAGCCACGGACGAGGACGAUGCCAUCACCACCGACAACGGGGUGGUUGCUUAUUCCAUCCACAGCCAAGAACCCAAGGACCCACACGACCUCAUGUUCACCAUCCACCGGAGCACGGGCAGCAUCAGUGUCGUCUCCAGCGGCUUGGACCGGGAGAAAGUCCCGGAGUACACACUGACCAUCCAGGCCACGGACAUGGAUGGCAAUGGCUCCACCACCACAGCAGUGGCGAUCGUGGAAAUCCUCGAUGCCAAUGACAAUGCUCCCAUGUUUGAUCCCCAGAAGUAUGAGGCCCAGGUGCCUGAGAACGCAGUGGGCUUUGAGGUGCAGAGGCUGACAGUGACCGACCUGGAUGCCCCCAACUCCCCUGCAUGGCGUGCCAGCUACCACAUUGUGGGAGGCGACGACGGGGACCAUUUUACCAUCACCACCGACCCUGAGAGCAACCAAGGCAUCCUGACAACCCAGAAGGGCUUGGAUUUUGAGGCCCAAAACCAGCACACACUAUAUGUCCAAGUGACGAACGAGGCUCCCUUUGUGGUGAAGCUCCCAACCUCCACAGCCACUGUCGUGAUCCACGUGCAGGAUGUGAAUGAGGCCCCUGUGUUUGUCCCACCCUCCAAAGUCAUUGAGACCCAGGAGGGCAUCUCCGCUGGGGAGGCUGUCUGCACCUACACUGCACAGGACCCUGACAAGGAGGAUCAGAAGAUCAGCUACCACAUCCUGACAGACCCAGCCAAGUGGCUAGCAAUAGACUCGGACAGUGGACAGGUCACUGCUAUAGGCCUCCUAGACCGUGAGGAUGAGCAGUUUGUGAGGAACAACAUCUACAAAGUCACGGUCUCAGCCACUGACAACGGGAACCCUCCCGCCACUGGCACAGGGACCCUCCUGCUAACGCUUACUGACAUCAACGACCACGGCCCGAUCCCCGAGCCCCGUCAGUUCACCAUCUGCAAUGAAAACCCGGAGUCCCAAGUGCUGAACAUCACAGACAAGGACCUGUCCCCCAACUCCUACCCUUUCCAGGCCCGGCUCGUUUUUGACUCGGACAUCCACUGGAUGGCAGAGGUCAGUGAAAAAGGAGACACAGUGGCCUUGUCCCUGAAGAAGUUCCUGAAGCAAGACACCUACGAUGUGUACCUCACUCUGUCUGAUCAUGGCAACAAUGAGCAGCUAACAGUGAUCAAAGCCACCGUGUGUGACUGCCGCGGCCACGUGGUGUCCUGCCCCGAUCCCUGGAAGGGCGGCUUCAUCCUCCCCAUCCUGGGCGCUGUUCUGGCUCUGCUGGUCCUCCUGUUGGUGCUCCUCUUGCUGGUGAGAAAGAAGCGAAAGGUCAAAGAGCCUCUUCUGCUCCCAGAAGAUGACACGCGUGACAAUGUCUUCUACUAUGGUGAAGAGGGUGGCGGUGAAGAGGACCAGGACUAUGACAUUACCCAGCUCCAUCGGGGUCUAGAGGCCAGGCCUGAGGUGGUUCUCCGCAACGAUGUAGCCCCAACCUUCAUGCCCACACCCAUGUACCGUCCCCGGCCAGCCAACCCUGAUGAAAUCGGCAACUUCAUCAUUGAGAACCUGAAGGCGGCCAACACGGACCCCACCGCCCCGCCCUACGACUCUCUGCUGGUGUUCGACUACGAGGGCAGCGGCUCCGAGGCUGCCUCCCUGAGCUCCCUCACAUCCUCGGACCAGGACCGGGACCAGGACUAUGACUACCUGAACGAGUGGGGCAGUCGCUUCAAGAAGCUGGCGGACAUGUACGGUGGCGGGGAGGACGACUAGGCGGCCCUGCCAGCGCGAGAACUAAACGCCAGGCUACAGCAGCGGCCUUGAGGGGGCUCGGUCCCCUUCCAGCCAGGGACUUGGGAGCUUGGUGGGAAGUGGCCUGAGCGGCUUAGAGGGCUGAGGUUGCAUGUCUGACCUGAGCGCACUGGAGUCUGAGCCUUUCGAAACGGAGGAGCUCGGGCAGCAGGACCUCGUCGGAUGCUGACCACGGCUCACCCUGGUCUGGGCUGCCCUGGACAUCAGUUUCCAGAAAUCUCACUCCUGCCACGAAGUGCUCCGCCCGCAUCCUGGGCCUGGACAGCUCCGAUGCCCCAGGAUGACUUUGCUUCUAGAAUUUAUCUUCUCUUUAGAAACAACCUGUUUCCAUUUUUGUUUAAAAUGCUUUUUUUCAGAGAGUUAGAGGCAGGUCCUCCACGUCCCCUCCGGGAGCACAGCCUUCGGGGCUCACCGGCCCUUGUGUGACCCUCAGAUCUCCAGGCCCUGAGCCUCCCUUUUGGGAGAAUCAGUGCAUUUUUAUACCAAGCGUGUCUAGGUUGUCCUGUAUUUUUUAUUUUCUCUAUUGUGUGCUGUAGAUGAAGGGUGCUGACAAUCGUAUAAAUGUACUAGAACUUUUUUUUUUAUUAAAGGAACUUUUCCCAGAGA